AUGUUGCUAUUCACAUUAUCUCUUUUAAUCACUGCAGCUUAUGCUGUUUCUCCUCUGGCAGGAGUUAACAUCGCUGGCUUCGAUUUCGGGGUUGACAUCACAGGCACAGCCAAUCUUGCCAGUGCCGACCCUCCUUUGACUGCACUUGGUGGUAGUGAUGGCGCAGCUCAGAUGUCACAUUUUGCGAAGCAGGAUAGCUUGAAUCUGUUCAGACUACCUGUUAGCUGGCAAUUUUUAAUCAACAGUCAGUCGUUGACUGGAAGUGCAAACAAUGGAACGAUGACGAAUGGGACAAUGGGGAACGCCACUCAUACAAACAGCGCUGCCGGAGCUUUGGAUGCUACGAACUCGAAUAACUACGAUCAACUGGUCCAAGCAUGUCUGGCUACCGGUGCUCACUGCAUCAUCGAUGUCCAUAAUUAUGCACGAUUCAACAAUGAGAUCAUUGGGCAGGGCGGUCCAUCGAAUGAGGAGUUUGCGAACCUUUGGAGCCAGAUUGCAGCGAAGUACAAGAAUGAGACCAAUAUUGUCUUUGGGAUCAUGAACGAGCCACACAACAUCCCAGACAUGAAAAUCUGGGCAGCUACAGUCCAAGCUGCCGUGACUGCCAUUCGAACAGCAGGUGCAACCACGCAAAUGAUUCUUCUUCCUGGGAAUGACUUCACUGGAGCGCAAACUUUCGUUAGCAAUGGCUCGGCGGGCAAUCUCAGCAACGUCCACAACCUAGAUGGGUCGAACACAAGCUUAAUCUUCGAUGUUCAUAAGUAUUUGGAUGCGGAUGGAAGUGGACAGGCCCUCGACUGCUCGUCGAACCAUAUCACAGAUACGUUCAUGCCUCUGGCAAUGUUCUUGGUCGCCAAUAAGCGUCAAGCUAUCUUGAGCGAGACAGGCGGUGGAAACUCUGCUUCUUGCCUGACUGAUCUUUGCAACACUUUGACCUUCAUCAACGCCAACACUGAUGCGUACAUGGGAUACGUUGGAUGGGCGGCAGGAGGAUUCUCUCCAACGAACUACAAUUUGACCAUGACUCCAAUUGGAUCUGCAGGCAACUUCACUGAUCAACCAAUUGUCAAGCAGUGUCUCGUUGGAACGAGAAUGGGUGGUGGUAUUGCCAGCAAGAAGAGAAUGGUCCGGAAGACUCUGUGAUUUUGAUGGGGAAAGGGGGUGCUUAUGAGUGUACUGUAUAAUAUUUUGUGAUGUCCUUGAAUAUAUGGUGUUGCUCACCUAAGAGCUUCUUUGCG